CUGGGAGGAGAAUGUGUUUGUCUACGAUCUCGUAAACAGCCGUAUCCCAGGGAUACCAAAAGACAUAUGGAUCGGCCUUCACGACAGGAGACAGGAGGGCAGUCUGGAGUGGACCGACGCAGACUAUGAAUACAGCUACUGGGAUGGCAACCAGCCUGACGACGGCAUACACCGCAUCCCUGAAGAGGAAGACUGUGUCGAGAUCUGGUACAGGCAGAACAGCGCGCUGAGGUCCUGGAAUGAUAACAGCUGUGACAAAGCCUUUCCCUUCGUAUGCAAGAUCCCCACAGUGGACAACUAGACCUCCAGGGUCCAGCACUAACACACACACACACACACACACACACCACACACAACUUUCUCGCUGCUGUUGUUGCCUCUCCUUCCUCAAACCUCCCUCUCUACUUCUCCUCCCUCAACCUUCUCUGUUCUUCAUCUUCUCCCUCAAACCCUCCC